GCGACGCACCGGAGGGAAGAUGAGAGGAAAAACAGCCCAAGUGCGAGGGCGUUUUGCAGUGGGGCUUGUCCUCUGUAAAUGCUGAGUGAUUUCUACGGGAAUUCAAAGCAUUAUGGCUUUAGAAUUUAGUUUGGGACCCUGUACAUCUCAGGUAACAUCUGAUACCACAUCAGGUGACAGGAGUGCCAUUCAAAGGGUGAUGUCCCUGAGGUGCUGCACAGACCCCCAGUGCCACCUUGCAGCUGACUGCAUGCUGCCUGUGCACAAAAUGAGCAGCUUGAAACUUUCAGGUCUGUAUUUCCUCAUGGCAUCAGUACCUAGGGAAGAUACAGUUUUCAGAAGGUGAGAGGAAUUAGCCUGACCAUCCUGGCCAUCUUUGUGUAGCACUGCAUCUGCUGGGAAUUAGGAGUCUUGAAACUUUAAAAUAAGCUGGGGAGGAAAACCCUCCCUGACAUAAACUGUGCUGUGGCAAGGUGACUGAGUACUCAUAGACUGCUGCCAUAUUCCGGUGGCACUUUUCCAUAGAAAUAGAAAUUAUUUCAUUAUAAAAAGUCAGUUAAGUACUUUGGGCUUCUUCUUGGUUAAGAUUAUAGGAAGAGCACCAAAUCCUGCAUAGACCAAGCUUUUUAUUUGACAACAAUAUAGCCUGAAUUUUAACAUAUAACAAAAGUAAAUAAAAACUUUCUCUUCUAAUUGGGAAUAAAAAAAGAAUGUAAAAAGUUACAUUAACAUCAUUAACAUUUGCAAUUAACAAUGCUUCACAACUGAAGUGAAAACAAAGCAAUUAAUCUCUUCUCAUCUGAACUGUACAUAAGGAUGUUUUCUAGUUAGAGUUGUUGAUGGCCAACUACUGCAAUGUAACAUAUCUAGUUACCCCCAAUAUAGAGAGGCAACGACUCUGUCCAUCAUGGUUUGUGUUUAUUGUCUUAGAUUCAGACACAGGUAAGCUUCAGACAUUGCUAUAAAAUCAUAUUUUAUAUCUUUGUUGUUUGCAUGCCAUGACAUUCUGCACUAUUACAAUUAUAUCAGAAACUGUUGCUCACUCAGCAAGAUUUCACUUUUUCCCCUUUCCUAAAAUAUUGUUCAGGUUGAAUACCUUUGAGUACCUUUUGUUUCUGUACUGAAAUAAUUAUGCAAUAUAAUAAAUCUCCACUGCUUUUUCUUCACAUUCUGGAUCCAGUCUCUAGGAAAGCUGUGUACUUAAAUGGUUUUGCAUAGAAAUAAAACUAUUUCCUAAGCCCCCAGUUCCAGGAUUUUUCAGAAAUAUUUAACUGAGUUUGUUUUUGUUUUGUUGGGGUUUUUCUGCUUGUUUGUUUUUGUGGUGUUUUUAAAAUCACAUUUCUAAGCAGUCAGAAUUUAAAAGAAAAAUAAUAGCAGACUGUCAAUCUGUUCUGUUCAAUGACAUGACCAUAUAGGUUAAAAAACAGUACUGGUAAGCAUUCUUUUCACUCUCUUGAUUCCUUUCUUUCAACUAAUUUUGAGUAUAACACCUAAGGAAGUUACCAUAGCCUGUACAGGUAAUAUCUUCCUGGAAAAUGACCAGUGUCUAUGUUAAUAAAGCCAGAGUGCUGUUAUCUCUCCAAAGCACAUGCACUCUUGUCCUGAGUCAUACUGAAGUAGCAUCAGUGAAGCAUCUUUGUCUCCUUUAAUGGGAACAUUCUGCAGCUUGCAAUGGAAUCGAUGUACUGGCAGUAGUUAGUCAAACAGAUCAAACUUCAUCAGGUUGCUGUUCUGGGGGACAUGUUAGCAUGGGGGUGCUGUACCGAGACUGGUUGUCACAGACCAAAUUGGAUCGAGCCUGGCCAGACUCAAAGGGCACAGGCAGCCAGAGUCUGUCUGCACACACUGCUUGAGCUGCCUAAUUCUGUAGCGUGUUCACAGUCUCCUCCAUGUCUCAAAAGCAGCAUGAAAUCAAGCACAACAAAUGUUUUACCUGGAAUUUCAACAAGUAAGCAACAGAGUGGAGGAGUUAAGUGGAAAGGAAAUGGAGAUAAUGAACAGGGGAGUGACUUGCUGUAGAUGCCCUUGGAAAUGAAGGUAAGUAAAUAAUGUUUGAUGCAAUACAGAAGAGGGAACUAGAAGAAUCCUUAAAAUAGAGAAGCGAUGUGGUUAGAGUAAUGAUCUAUGUAAACAAUCUUGGGUUGCAGUUUCAGAGUUCUUAAUUCCAAGGUUGUGCAGAGCUCAGUCUCUCAGCAGUACUAAAUUGAUCUGGAUGAGAUAUGGCCAUGGUGUCACAUUACUCUCAUAUUAGCUUCUGUCCAUGCUACAGAUUUUUUGUUCUGCCUCUGGAAGGACUGACAAUAACUGAUUGGGGUUUACUGUCUACUGGUACAAAGUUAUCCCUUCAACAUUUUUGUGAAAAAAAUUGAAUUGGGAGAAUCAGUUAAAUUGCAUUUGUUGUUUCCAUUUGAUGGCUGUGGUCAUUAAUUUGAUCAUUAAUAUGAGGCCUACAGUCAGCUUUGCUCUGUUGUCAGACUUUGGCAUUUCCAUUGGUCAAUGGCUGUUGUGUUAGGAGCUGUGUUGAUUAAUACUGGAGGGAGAGGUAUUAGGGCAGUCUUUAUAUAUCAGCAAGAGAACAAGGGUCUUAGCUGCAAGGAUGUUUUGGAGGGCUGUUUUGGAGCUGCCACAUGGAAGUAUAUACCCUAGGUGCUAGGAUCUACAAAGACAUUUCAGUCAGACCUGACGGUUGACAAACAAGCUUGAGUGGCAGAUAAACUGGUGAUGCUAUCCACGGAUACUCACAAAGAAGAUAAUAAGAGGGCUUUCAGGGAAGAGUUCUAGCUCUGCUGAGCUCUAAUUUCCUGCUAGUCAUUCACAGAAGAGAGAAGACUGUUUUGAGUUUGGACAGGGGGAGGUAUCUCAUCUGAAAUACAAAUAAAUUAAUAUCUCUCUGCAGAUGAUUUAUGGAUCUGCUCCUUCCCGAGUGCUAAUUCAGAGAUAAUGUAGGAGGGUAACAGAAGACCAAGGAUACAGUUCUCUGAGAGUCUGUCAAACACUAGGAAGUCUUAAAUAGGUAAAAAGUAUUUAAGUGAAGCAUGAUUGAUUGUGUCAGGCGAGAAAGGAUGACAUUUAAACACUCUUUUUGGGGUACUGUUGAACCUUUGAUUGGCUUUGGUUAAUCCAGAGUGGAAACUGAGAAGUUUGGACACUGGUAGUUGGAUGUCUAUGGAGUGAGUCAGAGAGAGUGAAUGUGUAAUUAGGAAAGUGGAGCUGAGUCAAGGCUUUUAUUAAUUUGUUUAUUUAUACCAAUAUUUUUUAUUUUUGAGGGGCAAUAGAAAGGGGAAACCAAGAAGACUACAUAAUAUUUUGGCCAUAUCAUUUUUUAAAAAAUAAUUUUGCUUGUGUAAUUUAUUCGCUUUAGUGAAAAUUUGGUGGCUGCUGGGCUUUUCUUCUUUUGCUUACUUUAAUGGACCAGAAAGGUAGGAAAACCAAGGAUUUUUUUUCUCAAAUAUCUCCCCUUGGGGCUUGCUGUUCUGCUAUGCAGGUUUAACAUGCAGAUAAGCCAAUCUAAUGAUUUGUGACCACUGAAAGGUGGCUCUGUGUUCUGUCCCUUUCUUUGUGCUGAUGCUGCUACUUACUGGACCUGCUUGUCUGCCAUGUGUUUAUUUGGCUCAUGGAAAUGUCCCAAGGAAUGCCAAAAUCAGCACAAGCUAGUCUGGAGUGCCCAGCUGGGAGAUGAGUUUUGGAGAUGGGGGAUGUCAUAUUCUUAGCAGCCAUAAACAGUGAGGCUGACUCAGAGUGCCUUCUGGACUGAACUACCGGGGCCAUGAUGAAAUCCCACAGUGCCGUUUUGAGAGGAUGAGGUGAAGGGGGAGAAAGGGCAACAAAAAAUGGCCAAGCAAACAGCUGUGACGAUUACUUUGGCGACCCUGCUGGGUGUUGCAUUGGGGGGCCUGGUUUUGUGGAAAGCGACCCAGCAUCGGAAAGGAAAAACACGCUGUCGUAGUCAGCAAGAGGAAGCAGCAGUAAAGUCAGGAGAUGAGAAACUCGUUAAGGCAGAGGAUAAGAAGGUGCUUUCCUUCUUCGGAUCUCCCACCUUCUUCUGGAUAGAGAGGACCCUUGGUGCAAACAUAGUGAUAGUUUCAGAGCAGGAGGAGUGGGAUCAUGUUGAACCAUUGCUGAAGAAGGAGCUGGAGAAGUGGCCGGUUCUUGGAAUUGAUUGUGAGUGGGUAUCUAUGGAGGGAAAAGCAAAUCCUGUGUCCCUGUUACAGAUGGCUUCUUCCAGUGGCCUCUGCAUUCUUGUUCGGUUGCCCAGGCUUGUUGCCAGUGGCCAGACUCUUCCAAAGACCCUGGUGGACAUCAUGGCAGAUAGUGCUGUGUUCAAAGUUGGUGUAGGAUGCUGGGAAGAUGCUUGCAAAUUGCUUCAUGAUUAUGGUCUUCCAGUCAAAGGGAGCAUGGAUCUUCGGUAUUUAGCCAUGAGACAGCGGAAGGAUCUACUUCACAACUGCCUUAGCCUUAAGUCUUUAGCUGAAAAAGUCCUGAACUUCCCGCUUGACAAAUCUCCUCAUGUGCGUUGCAGCAACUGGGAAGCAGAAGAACUGACACAAGAUCAGGUUCUCUAUGCUGCUAGGGAUGCCCAGGUCUCAGUGGCUCUGUUCUUCCAUUUGCUGGGAUUUACCAGCCUCCCUGCUACAUCUGAAGGUGAAAACUCUGUCACUGCUUGGGAGAAAGCACGGGGUAAAUGCCAGGGCUUGGUGGAUAUCCCAUUUAGAGGAAGAAAGAGUGGCAGCAUAGGAGAGGAGAAGAGUGGAGAGGGGCGUUCCCCUCAGAAAACAAAGAAUCGGAAAUCUUGGGUGAAUGGCCAGCCCUCUGGCAAUCAGCAGAUGAGAGAUCCACGGAGGCAGAAGCGAAAGCCUCUGGGUGUGGGAUAUUCUGCAAGAAAAUCUCCACUGUAUGACAACUGCUUCCUGCAUGCACCAGAUGGACAGCCCCUGUGCACUUGUGAUCGCAAGAAGGCUCAGUGGUAUUUGGACAAGGGGAUUGGAGAGCUAGUUAGCACAGACCCUUUUGUUGUGAAGCUGCGUUUUGAGCCUUCAGGACGUCCCGAGUCUCAGGUUGAUUAUUAUCUGACAGUCAAAGAAAACCUCUGUGUUGUAUGUGGCAAGCGAGAAUCCUAUAUCCGGAAGAAUGUUGUUCCUCAUGAAUACAGAAGACACUUCCCCAUCCAGAUGAAGGACCACAACUCACAUGAUGUGCUCCUACUCUGCACAUCCUGCCAUGCCAUCUCCAAUUACUAUGACAACCACCUCAAGCAGCAGCUGGCCCAGGAGUUUGGGGCUCCGAUCGGCUCCGAGGAAGGUGUGCGUCUCCUGGAGGACCCUCUGCGCAGGCAAGUGCGCUCGGGGGCGCGCGCCCUGCUGAAUGCAGACAGCCUGCCCGACCCCCGCAGGGCAGAGCUGCUGCAAGGCAUCAAGGACUUCUAUAACACAGACACAGUCACUCCAGAGAUGCUCCAGGCAGCAGCUGGUCUGGAAACCAGGAUCUGCAAUGAGAGCUACGUGCCACAUGGACUGAAGGUGGUGCAGUGUUGUGCUCAAGGAGGCCUGCGCUCUCUCAUGCAGCUGGAAAGACGCUGGAGGCAGCAUUUCUUGGACAGCAUGAAGCCCAAACACCUCCCAGAGCAAUGGUCAGUGGACCAUAACCAUGUGAAGUUGAUCCAAAAAUAUGGGGAGGAUCUUCAGAUCAAGCUGUCAUGAAACUAACUUCCUGGACUCUGGAUAGUGUCUGAUGGACAUGUGUAACUGAAGAUGGAAAGACUGUUUUUAUUUCUAUGUCUCCACUAACACCUGGGGCCUGGGUUUGUAAAAAGGCAGCAGUAGAUCUGCCAGAUUUGCUAGUUAAAGUUUAAUUUGGCAGUUUAUAGAAUUAAAUCCAUUGACUUGAACUUUCAGGUAGUUUGGAAGUUUAAUCCUAGUCUGUCACUUACUAGUUCAGGGCAAGAGUGAUUUAUGAUAAGGGAGCUGGUCUUGUCAGAGUGACUAUGAAGAAUUGUUUUCUUGCUCCCAGGAUGUCUGAUGCCUCCAGACCAUCUCUUACAAUAAAGUGAGUUCAGAGAAAGGCAACAAAAGCACAAUAGAUAAAAGUUUUUAGAUUUUUCUGACAUAAAUUUGUGCCCUUGGCUUUACCUUUAGGCCAGCAGUAGCAGGGAGGUCAUUCUUCCCAUGUACUCAGCACUGGUGAGGCUGCACCUUGAGUGCUGUGUCCAAUUCUGGCCCCUCAGUUUGGGAAGAACCUUGAGACGCUGGAGCACAUCCAGAGGAGGCAACGAGGCUGGUGAGGGGCUGGGGACACAAGCCCUGUGAGGAACCACUGAGGGAGCUGGGGGUGUUUAGCCUGGAGAAAAGGAGUCUCAGAGGUGACCUUACAACUUCUCUGCAACUCCCUGAAAGGUGGUUGUAGUCUGGUGGGGGUUGGUCUCUUUCUCCAGGCAGCAACCAACAGAACAAGAGGUCACAGUCCUAAGCUGUGCCAAGGGAAAUGUAGGUUGGAUAUUGGGAAAAAGUUUUUUACAGAAAUGGUGAUAAAGUAUUGGAAUAGUUUGCCUGGGGUGGUGGUGGAGUCACCAUCCCUGGAUAUGUUUAAAAAAAGAUGGAUGUGGCACUCAGUGCCAUGGUGUAGUUGAGGUGUUAGGGCUGUGUUGGACAUGAUGAUCUUGAAGGUCUCAGUGAGGGUCUUCUUGAUAAAAAUCUUUCUUUGUUUUCAGUGCAGUUGUAUUCAUAAGAGUUCUUUCUAAAGAAGACCCCUUGCCACAGAGAGAGAUUCCUUAUUUGGAAGAAGCAAAGAAACCUUAUUUUUUUGAAGAUUCUGAGCUGUCCCAGCAUUGCAGAUAGGCCUCAGCAAGUUUCCUGGUGGCAGGUGCCUGAUGAGAAGUGACACUGGCAGUAUGGAAAUACCCAUGUCAAGUCUGUGGUUAAACAGCUUCCAUUAACACAGAGUUUAUAAAAAAUGUUUUUCCUAAUUCUGCUUGUUUGUUGCAAGUGUGCUCACGUGUGCAGAGCUGUUACAGAUAUGGAGUGGCAUAACUCCUGUGACUGGAGUGUUGGAAUGGAAGGAUGCAGGCCCUUUGGGAAGAACAGGCACUGCAGGCAAGGAGGAGGUGUCACCUUCUGUGUCAAUGAUUGGUUGGAGUGCACGGAGCUCCAUCUGGAGCGCAUGGAGCUCAGCCUAGGGAUGGAGGAGGAGUCCAUCAAGAGCUUAUGGGUCAGGAUUAAAGGGAGGGCAGGGACAGGUGACAGAGGGGAUCUGCUACAGGUAACCCAGCCAGGAAGACUGAGUGGAUGAAGCCCUCUAUAGAUUCGAGCAACCUUGUGUUCACAAGGCCUAGUCUUCAUGGGGUACUUGAGCCAGCUCAUACCUGUUGGAGAGGCAGCACAGCAGGGCGUAAGCAAUUCAGAAGGUUCCUGGAAUGCGUUGAUUACUUUUCUAGAAAGCCAACUGCAUCAUGGGCUGCAUCAAAAGAGGCACGACCAGCAGGUCAAGGGAGGUGAUUCUUCCCCUCUAUUCUGCUCUUGUGAGACCACCUAGAGUACUAUGUCCAGCUCUGUGGCCCCCAACAUAAUAGAGCAAGUCCAGAGGAGGACUACAAAGAUUAUCAGACGGCUGGAGCGCCUCUCUUAUGACUUUUUACAAGAGUAUGUAGUGAUAGAACAAGGGUUAAUGGCUUUAAACUGGAAGAGGCUAGGUAUUGGGAUUUAAAUUAGGUAUUGGGAAGAACUUCUUUACUGUGAGGGGGGUGAGGCACUGGAACAGCUUGCCAGAGAAGCUGUGUAUGCCUCAUCCCUGCAAGUGUUCAAAGCCAGGUUGGAUGGAGCUAUGAACAGCCUGGUCUAGUGGAAGGUGUCCCAGUCCAUGGCAGGGAUGUUGGAACUGCAUGUUCUUUAGAGGCCCUUCCAACCCAAACCAUUCAGUGAUUCUUUAAAUAGCACUUGGUGAGUACCUUUUCAAAUCAGACUGAAAUAAGGACAGGUCUUAAAAAGGAUGAGAGGAAACAAUUUAAAUUUGAGAAGCUUUUAAGUGAUCUGACCACACAUGGCAAAAAAUGGAAAAUCUGAUCUUCUGUACUUGGAUUUGACAUGUGUGGUGGUGAGCAGGUUAUACUCUCUUCAUACCUGUUUCUCUGUCUCUAGAAUGGGACUAAUAAUACUUAACUAUCUCACAAGGAUGUUGUGAGGCUUAAUUAAUUCAAGUUUUUGUAAAAUGCUUUGAAAAUAUAAGCUAGUGUGUGCUAAUUAUUGUUGUUUUUUAAAAUGUGCUGCUGUCUAACUUACUUAAAUAUUCACGUUUUUUGUCUGGUGCUAGACCUUAGUUAAAGAUAACUUUUUAAAAAUACACACUCCUUUCUGUACAAUCCCUUUUGAUGAUUUUGAUUGCAUGAGAUGAGCGUGCUUCUACUGAAUGAUGAAGCUAUGCUCAACUUUUAUGCGACUCUGUAAAGAAGUUUCAGUAAAACCCUUAUCUUCACA